AUGGGGUUUUUAUGCGGGAACGAGGAGAAAGUGAAGCAGAAGAGUGAUUGAUAAAGAGAGUAAAAUAAACUCUCCUUACACCGAGACGAGAGCUAUCAUGAUGAAGGUCACAUCUCCUCUUCGUUAUUAGAUAGCGUUGAAAAUGAUAUUAGAAAUAUAUGACGUUUUACCUUUGGAUGUCAUGGCAAAAAAUGGAUCCCUAAACGGCUAAAAGACAAAUUAAAUAAAUUGAAGAAAGUAAUGUGUUGGAGAAGAGUUCAGGCCUCGACAGGGCUUGAAUUCUCGUCUUUUAGGUCCAGUGUGGUUUAUCAACUGAGCAUCGAAGCCUCUUGUAUCAGAUAAGAAAUUACACGUGAAAUAAAUAAAAGUGUUUGACCAGUGACGCGACGUAUUCUCCCCAUAAUUAAACUGAAAUUAAAAAAAUUUUAGGAAGUAAAGAAAGCUUUGUAGUUUGAACAAAUACAAAGCCGUAUUUAGUUGGAGAAGUUAUUUUUAGGUCAUCAUCAAUAAACAUGAUUUUAGUUAUUUGAGGCCCUUCGUUGUCUAACAAAACAACAGUUCUGAGACCUUUUAUAACUUUAGUUUUCUUUGUUUUUUUUAGCUUGCUAUGAAAUACUUCAAGCACUUUAUUCCGUAUUUAGUAUUUAGUUGGGGAAGUUAUUUUUAGGUCAUCAACAAUAAACAUGAUUUUAGUUAUUCGAGGCCCUUCGAAAACAACAGCAACAAAACAACAGUUCUGAGAUCUUUUAUAACUUUAACGAUUUUUUAGCUUGUUAUGAAAUACUUCAAGCACUUUGUUCCGUAUUUAGUUUCCUGCUUUUUUGAAAUAAUCACAUUUGACACAAAAAACAUACUCACCACAAACUACACAACAACACAGGCCCCGCAAGGUUUCAAGCUUUAAAAACAAUGAUACAAAACAGAAUUUAGUAGGGAAAAAAGAAAGAAAGGAUUUCUUCUGACGUAUUAAAUUACUUUCGACAACGGUUUUGGAAUUGUUGAAACUUUCGAAAUAUUGCCCUUCUAAUAACCUUCACCAGUUAAAAGCCUUGAGCUACUCCAUUUCUUUCGGAGAGGAAGUCCAAUGUGGGCAUUGGAAAGAUCAGACGAUAGGUUGAAUUAAUUAUUUUGAUAAUACAUUUAACUUACAGGCAUACUUUUUAAAUAAGUCACAGCCACCCACUAGCAUAGCAUGAUCUCCCCAAUUUACCAUUCCACUGUUUGAUUGAUGAACUAACCAGUCAUUUGCAUGCCUUUGGCGCAAUCUUGAAUUACGUUAUCAUGUGCCCGUCAGGUUUAGAGGAGCAGACGCUCUUCAUGAUCAGUGGUUACGCUUAGCUGGAAUAGUUUUUCCCUUUUGGUAUACAGGGCUUUGUGGAAGGCGGGAAAAGAAGGAAACAAUCCAAACAGUCGUGGCUGCCCUCGCUACCGACAACUCAUCAGAAGGUAACCAUGAUUAAUUUGCCACUACACUAUCAUGGUUGGCUUAAAAACAAGUUGUGGCAAUUCAAAAACUCUUGGACUGCAAUUUUGAAACUUCCUUUUUAUUCACCAGGGCAUUGCAGGUCAGAGCACAUGUAAAACUGAGAGAGAUUGUUCUAAAGACGAAUGCUGCGCUCUCUUAAAGACGAAAGCUGUGAAAGUCUGCAAGAAGAUCAGUUUAUUUGGGGAGAUAUGCAAUCCAUAUGAAAUAGUAAGGACUAUCUUUUUUUUCACCCUAAAAAUAGUGAUUGAUUCAAACUCAGGGCGUGAAAGGUCUUAAAGGACACUUUUAAAUUAAUUUUGAUUCGAUUCGUCGUAAAAGCUCAGUUUUUCGUUAAGUGCAUUCAGAUACCGAGCAACAUGGUCGGAUUUUAGGUUUCUUAAUCGUCUUUUCUCUUUAUGUGGCCUUUGUAACUGGAAGUUACGGGCGCGCAAGUGCCUUUUCGGAGAAAAACUGCCUGGGUCUCAAGAGGAACUAAGAGGAGUCAAGUUGAGGUCCCACUUGCUCUAAAUCGUGGAUUUUUCGCAUCGCCCGUUCGUCUUUGCAGCGAUGACUAACUAAUCAACCACCUUAGAUGUUUGAUAUGCCAACCAUGCAUGUAGGGAUGCUAUCCUCAUUUAGAAUCAUUUUCUAAAACGACAACUGAACUACAAUUACCAUGCUUAUGACUCAGCAACACAAAAACCACGAUAUAUAUCCUGACCUUGUCACGAAUAUGUUUUAUCUGAAAUCCCCCUUAAGGUCAUUCAUUGGUGCCGUACCGCAUAUCCUUACUUUGUAUAAUUUCAUGCUGGUUUGAAAUCGUUCAUUAAGAAAGUGGUGAAUUUUUCCUUAUUCCCAAGCUCACCAGCGCGCAUGAAGUUAAUCAGUCGCCUUUGUAGUAGCUUACCGGAAAUUGGGCGACAACCAUUUUUUUCCAAACUCCGAUUAGUCAUCCAGAAUAAGAACCAACGUCGUAAAUGCGAACUAAUGAGCACUCUAAGAUAUGAUCAUGAUAAAACCAUUGAAAGGUACUUCUUCCCCUCCCCCUGUAACUUUCCACGAGGUAAAUAGCAAUACACAAAGUUUCAGUGCAUUUUCUUUACCAGAGGAAUGGCUGAAGUAUGGUGAGUGAACAAAUUGUUAUGAUAAACUCUUUUUUUGUAGCCUGGCCUUCCCGAAAAUUGCCUCUGUCAACAAGGACUGACUUGCACGCGAGCGACAGGAGAGGCUUUCAGAUGUCUGUAUAUAUCUGGCAGCCCACUUGAUCGAGAGAAUGACGGAGAGUAA